CUCCAUCCAGUUCAUUUAUAUUUCUGCUUUCCUCUUGGACUGCCUCGGUAGUCUGCGAAACCGCCGCAAUAUAAAUAGUUGUGUGUGCAUAUACGGCACAACGUGUACUUGGACACUGCACGAGUGGGUUUUUGGUGCCAAUUUAUUAUCCGGUCCAAGCCGUGCUAUCCAACUGUUAUAUACUUGUAUCUGCAUUUACAUAUGUACAUAUGUACGUAUGUGCACACCUCCAUACUUCGGAGAAUGCGGCUGUGUUUGUGCUGUCUCUGGAGAAAGAAGACACAUUGCGAAAAAACGAUACCAGUGGCAGCCUGAACUUUCCCACGCCGCUUUCUGUGAAGGACAUCACCCGCGAGUUCACCGCAAACCUCCGGGAGCGCUGUACUCUGCGUUCGCCACCACAAACCACCACCGCUUACUUAGAUCCCGGUACGGGCCUGGUGCACAUGGUGCUGUCGCCUGCGGCCGUGGAGUCCGUCCAUGCAUCAAGUACCGCUGGCAUCGAUACAUGCCCCGAAAACGCCCCUGGAUCCGCUGCUGUCAGUAUCGAUGCUGCCGAGAAAAAGCCCAGCUAUUUAAAUCUGGCUUGCUGCGUCAACGGAUAUUCGAACUUGACAACAUACGACUCCAAAAUACGUCAAGAUAUCAACAAGUCGCGCGAGGUCUCUCCAAUCCGUCCGUCCUCCAGCGGCCUGCAGUACUGCAAGCGGAACAACUCUUUGGCUGCCCCGAUUUUGCAUAGUAUGCCGUAUAUAAAACAGCCGUCGUCGAUCAGCAAGUACCCGUUCGAGGUCAAUGGCGACAGCAACGGCCACAAUCAAAGAAACGGACCGGAUACUGACCCUAUUAAUAGCAAUGGAAAGGACGGAGGCACCAGCAGCUUUAUUCAAGAGCGAGUGGAGCGUCUUUAUGGUCCAGGUGCCCUAGCCCAGGGCUUUUACAGUCCCAAGAAGCACGGACAAUCUCCAUCAGCAGCUCGGACCUCGGCCAGGCAGAGCUCGGAGCUGGAGCUUAAAUUCAAGCAACUUUCGCCCAGCAAGGAUUACGGGGAGUUCCGAAAGAAACUGAACAAUUGCUCACAAGCCGCAACGCAGCGGUUGGAUGAUCCUCCAUCUUUGUCUUCAGAGGGGAACGGAGAGUUGGACUUACCCGUAUUCCGGCAUCUCAGUCACGAGUUUCGAGCCCAGUUGCCCAAGGUUUCACCAAAGAGGGGUGCCACCCCUCGUUUCUCACCUGCUCCUGAGAUGCACCACACGAAAGAUAAUAAACUGAAGCAAGAAGUAGGCCAAAUUGAUGAAGUUGACCACCAGCCCUUGAAACAGGUCCAACUGGAGACGGAGGAGGUUAACCUUAAAAGCGAAGUUGUGGAUGCUGUAAAGGAUGGGAACUAUUUUCUUAAAAUACUCAAAGACGAACAAAUUCGUCUGUUGGCGCUGGCCGCCAUUGCUGAGAAAUACACAGACGCCUUGGCUAACAAUCCUGACAUCACAGAAGAUACUUUUGGAUUGCUUCGAUCAGCCUCGGGAAAAGCCAGGCUGUUGGUAUCGCAAAAAAUGAAGCAGUUUGAGGGUUUAUGCCACAAUAAUGUAAAUCGGUCGCCGGAGGACGAGUUCCCAACAACCGCUGACGACCUACAAGGGUUUUGGGACAUGGUUUAUUUGCAAGUGGAGCAUUUGGAUUCAAUUUUUGCAGACAUUGAGCAGCUCAAAGCUAACAAUUGGAAGCGCACAGUUGAGCCGGCAGCAUCGAACACAUUACCCAAUAAGGCUCCACAGAUAAGAUCUGGAGCUCUGAAAUCAAAAUCAAACACCAAGGCGAGUUUACCUGGAUUGUCGGCUUCGAAAAAUUCGGCUGCAGCAUUAAAAAGAGAUGCCCAAAGAAAGCAGUUGCUGGAGAUGAAACGACAGCGGCGUGAAGCUAUGGCUGCGACAAACAAAACAAAUCAUACUGUAUUUGAUAGCACUCCCGAGCAUACGCAGAUAAUUGGCGAGAGUUCUAUCAACUCUGGUGAUAGAAACAGCAGCUAAAUAGUGUUUACCGCGAGAAGCAAGACUUACUAUGCUCUCUACGUAUACACAUAUCUGAAAUUAACAUUCACUCACAAGCUAAAACCAGAGACAUACUCGUACACUCAUACAUAACAAUACAUAACAAAACAUAUGCUUAGAAAUUCCUAGUUGAAUUAAUCCUUAACUAGUCCCGACUAAAAUGCACAUACUGGAGCUUGUUUUUCUAGCAGCAUAACAACAUACCUACAUCGUGUCACAAGGUGUCACAAAUUAACCAAACGAGUUUGCGGUCUUGGAGUCAUUUUUGAUGGCCCCGCCAUGGUAGGCGCAUUUUUUCGUACCACCCAAAGCGACACGCCGAAAAUUGUUUAUAAAGUUUGCCUUAUCUGCGUGAGAUUUUGCUCGUUAAGCAAUUUGCUGUGCACUCAAGUAUCUGAAAUUGUUUAUAAAAUUAUGAUUAUAAAAGACAUUUAUUCUUACAUAUGUAACACUAUUUAAGUAAACAAUUAUAAAAAAAAAUGUCAUUAACUUUUUUAUAUUUAUUUCUGUAAAAGUAACGAAUCUAAAAUAUACUCCUUUUGGUCUGUAA